AGGGUGAUUUGGAACUGAAUUGAGGGAGAGUUAUUUUGUAGGACAUGAGUCUUGGAAAAAGGACGGAUCUGAGGAAAAUUGAGGAGUGGGGGUUUUUCGAGGCGCCAAAUAUCUGGGACAAAUAUUAGGGUCCGUCUGGGGCAUUGGCGACAGUCGGAGCCUAAUUGCUUCAUUUGCGUUAUGAGGAAAGUGCGGACUUAUUUGGUUAGGAUGAGGACUGGAUUUGCGACUGUGGAGGAUUUUGAGGAUAUUUAGGAAAUUGGGGGUAUUUCGUAAGUGGGAAAUCAGGAAAUAAUGUGGGUAUACAACAAUUUUUUCAUGCGUGUUAACACUCAACAUAAUAGAACGAUGGUGAAUCAUUAAUUAUUAAGAGGAACAAUAAAAAAAAGGCAUAAUAAAAGAGCAUCAACAUCGCAGCCGCGGCGGCGCUAGUUAUAUCAGCUGCUCGCCACUCGACAGUCACUUUUGAUAUUAUUCACGUGAUAUUAUGAAUUCUCUGGGUAGUUUUAGAAUUAUGUGGAAUUCUCUUCGCUUCACCAAUUCUCUGAGAAGCCACAGAAAUUUCUCAUUGAGCACACUUUCAAAGGAUUCUAAACCGAUAUCAAACAACCCAGUAUCUGCAGGGGAGCCCUCGAAGACCAAUCCGGAGCAUACCAUAGGGGGUUUCAAACACAAAGUCUCAAAUUUCGACAAAUGGAUUCUCGUGACCACGAAGAAAUAUCCGAGUAAAGACCAAGUUCCCAAAUAUGUAGCAGACGACGUGUUACAGAACGCAAUGAGCCAAGUCAGAAUUCGAGUAGCGAAUGUGUUGAUUGUGCUUUCGCUAAUCUGCAUCAUCUGUACAGUGCUAUCAAGCAGACAAUUGAAGCAAGAAUACGUGGACAGCAUGGAGCACACGCGUACCGACUACCGCAAGCAGAUCACCGAGGAGUUCCGUCAAAAAAUGACCGAAGAGUCUGCACACAAGCCAUGAUUUUUAUCCAAUCGAUAACUGUAGGAUGAUGAACCCAACAAAACCCUUAAUUCUCGUAGGAGCCAGAAUAAACUCUUAUGAGUGAUGUGGCGCAUCACUGGUAAACAUUUUCUUUUAAUAGAAUUCAUGAUAUUUGUAAAGUAUCUUUGUUCAUUUGUGGAUAUUAAAACAUUGAGAAUAUUUUAUGUCGAAA